AAUUUUCAGAUUGAUUUAUCUGCAAUUAAUUUUCUAAUUUGGCAAAUAUGGAAAUUGGCGUGGAUAAGUUUCUACUGGACCAACCGGAGACCAACAUUCAGAGAAAAUUCCGUGAAUUUUACGAUAAGAAAAAUGUCGAGGAGCAGUGCGACGUGAAAACAUUAUCAGAACUUCAUGAUGUUUACAAGGAAAUGGAGAAUGAAGAGAUGAACGAAGAGCAGCUCUACGAGGCCUUCGAUAAAUUCUUGAAGAUCAAAAUCUCAAAAAAAGAAUUUGGGCAUCUCUUCAAGCAGAUGGACUCGAUGCGAGAUGAGCGAAUAAGUUGGGAUGAAUUUAUUUCGUAUCUACUUCUGGAGUUCAGACUGACAGGAACUGCAGAACUCAAGUCUCAGCCGAUGGAGCUACCCUUGAAGGGUCUUCCAGAGUUGCUUUCUACACGUCAUCGCUCUGCUAUUUGUCGUAUAAUAUUCUCUCCUCAUUUAAUUUCGAUGAGCAACAGAAGUUCGAGUUUUCAGAGUGGAAGGUACCUCACGGUCUCCAAGGAUGGAGUCAUCAACUACUGGUCCUUGGAUUUAGUUCAUCAGAGGAGCGUUAAAUCAAUCAAUCCUGAUUUCAAGGUUCAGUCGACUAUUAUUACGGAUAUAAUUGCAAUGCCGGAUGUACAGGUGGUCUGUACCAGUUCUGUCGAGAGAGAUCUCAGAUUUUAUGACACUGCAGCUGAAAAAUUCGAUCUACGAAUUCGAAUUACAAGCCUGCGAGAUGCUGUGAUCUGCAUGGCUUAUUAUUUCAGCAAAAACAUCAAAGAAGACUCUUAUGUCGUCCUGGGAGAUACUGGAGGAUCUGUGAGAGUUCUAGCAUUCUCUCCAUUUGACAGAGGCCCCUUCAAACAAACUCCUCAACGAGAAACUUUGGAAGCCUCUUACGAAGCCCUCCUCAAGGGACACAUUGAUGGAUUACUCGUGACAGAAUUCAAUCGAGUUCACAGCGAUUGGGUCUCUGAAGUGAAGUAUUAUGGAGGCCUUCGAGGAUUUAUUUCCUGCGCCAAAUGUUCACAAUGUUCUUUGCUGCUGAGUGAUGCCAGUGGCACCAAAAUGAGAUAUCAGUUUAGAAUUGUUUCCACUGGGAUUGACUCUUGCAUAAUGUAUUGGGACCCUUGGACUGGGAAACGAAUCCAUUGUAUCACGAAUGCCCACAGCAAAAAAAAUGUGGGGUCUUACCAGCAAAUCGAAAUCACAGCUGCCACUUUCGAUUACUCAUUACAAUUAUUGAUCACCGGAGGGAGAGAUGGAUCUUUAAAAAUUUGGAGCUUCAAUUCAGGAUCUUGUGUCAAAAACAUGUCCAUGGAGGAUCAACGUGCUAUAACUGGAAUAAUUUGGCUGAAAAAUCGGAUAUUAUGUACUGGAUGGAACGGCUACGUCGUAGAGUUCGCUGACACCGAGACUGGAAUAUACCGGAAAUCCUGGGAAAAAAGGCAUACAGAGGAAAUUCUAUGUGCUGCUGCAAGAAUUCCUCAGGUUCUGGCUACAGCUUCUUAUAAUGGGGAAUUGAUAUUGUGGAGAAUGGAAACAGGACAGCCUUAUAGACGUUAUCAAGUAGAAAAUCCCACAGAAAGGUACAAUAUUGUUUAUAAAACAAGAAGAUGGGGGAUGACGGAGGAUUCCGAGAAAUUCGCAGAUUCAGACGAAAAAACUUACAAGAAUAAUGAGCAGGAAGGAAGAGAAACAUCAGCCCUUGCAGUUAUAAAAACAGUUUUAUUUAGCGGAAGCAGAGAUCACACUGUGCGGUUGUGGUCCCUAUCUGGACGUUAUAUCUCAACUUUCGGGACACUGAAGCCAUGGACGAAUCUGAUACCGGAUAUACCAGUAUCUGAGUACUUAAAAAAUUACAGUCUUCCCCCGGAUGUGAAACGAAUUGGCUCUUCAACAACGAUCAAGAUUUUCGAGGGUGGCUAUGUGGGUGCAAAAAUUGAAGAUUUCGAGGAAAUGGAGAGCAUGAAAGAAGUUCCACAUCAUGAACGCCACUUGCUGUAUGGAAAAAGACUAGAGGAGCCAAUUCUGGGACAAAGUUACAAACCCGAGCCACGUCCGAAGAUCGAUGAGAAACCCAAGCUCGAUAACACAUUAACUUACGUAAUAAUAUUAAUUAGUUUUCAAGUUAGGCUAAAUAUUUUUACAAUAAUUUUGCUCAGUGAAAACGUCACCUCAAUUCCAAAUUCCUGAUGAAAUUUCAAAUUGUUUGAGACUGUUUCAACUCUUUAAUUAAUCAUGACAAAUUAGUAAUGUUAAUAUUAAAUUCAAAUCAACAAUUAAACGGUGGUAAUGUUCAAUUAAUUAAUAUUAAUUGUCUUUUUCCUACAGAUUCCUGUGUACUCUCACCUAAAAACACCAGACCUCCACUCCCUUCCCAAGAGACUGUCCUCC